GCAGCGACCGGUGCAAAGAAAGAGGACAAGGACAAAAAAAAAAAACGAGGGGAACUGAUAAUGAACGAAAAGGAGGACAGAAGGAUGGAUUGAAGAGUGGAGAACUCGCUCGGAAGAAAGACGAGAGAACCUGAGCAGGAAACAAUUUGAAGAGAAACCAGGGGAAUCCCUCUGUUAUUUUAUUACCCCAUGGGGUAGUUUGGUCGAAUCCGGCCCCCUCGACCCAGAGGAUGGAGUGAGGACCGGAAAGGGGGGGGGGACAGACGGAGAGGCAGACGGAAAGACAAAGAGACACAGAGACACGCUGACAGGAAAACAGACAGGUCUUGUGUCACCAUGCCGGUGAUGAAGGGGCUCCUCGCCCCACAAAACACUUUCCUGGACACCAUCGCCACUCGAUUCGACGGCACCCACAGCAACUUUCUGUUGGGGAAUGCUCAGGGUCACCGUGGUUACCCCAUCGUUUAUUGCUCAGACGGGUUCUGUGAGCUGACAGGCUUUGUCAGGACAGAGGUAAUGCAGAAGAAUUGCAGCUGUCGCUUCCUGUACGGCACGGGUACGAGCGAGCAGGUGGCACAGGGCAUGGAGAAAGCACUGGAGAGUAAAGAGGAGUACCAGGCUGAGGUCCAGUUCUACAAGAAAGACGGAACAUCAUUUUGGUGUCUGCUGGAUAUUGUUCCCAUAAAGAACGAGAAAGGAGAGAUGGUGCUUUUUCUUUUCUCCUUUAAAGAUGUGACGGACUCGCAUGGAAAGAGCCACCACGGCACCCGGAGAGACGAUGAUAAGCGUCAGAGCAGCAAGAGCAGCAGCUCGCGGUUUAUUGCCGCUCGAAGGCGUGGCCAUUCUGUCCUCUGCCAAAUCACCAGCCAGUUCAAACGUGGAGGAAAGAAUGACGUCAACCUCAGUGGCAACAUGUUCGAGAAGCCAUCAUUGCCUGAGUACAAGGUUGCGGCGGUUCAGAAAUCCCGCUUCAUCCUUCUCCACUACAGCAUCAGCAAGGCAUUGUGGGAUUGGAUGAUCCUCCUUGCGACGUUCUAUGUGGCUGUGACCGUGCCGUAUAACGUGUGUUUCACGCCAUAUGUCGAAUCAGACACGGAGGCCAGGAGCACCAUCGUCUCGGAUAUCGCUGUGGAGAUGCUCUUCAUCCUCGAUAUCAUCCUGAAUUUCCGUACCACCUAUGUGAGCCAGUCUGGUCAGGUGGUUUAUGAUUCACGCUCUAUCUGCAUCCAUUACGCUGCUACCUGGUUUUUUGUGGAUCUAGUGGCUGCGCUGCCCUUCGACCUCCUUUAUGCCUUCAACGUCACUGUCACGUCUCUGGUUCACCUGCUGAAGACAGUACGUCUGCUGCGACUGCUGCGCUUGCUCCAGAAGCUGGAUCGUUACUCCCAGUACAGCGCCAUGGUGCUCACUCUCCUCAUGUCCAUGUUCGCACUGCUCGCUCACUGGAUGGCCUGCAUCUGGUACGUCAUUGGACGGAAGGAGAUGGAGCGCAACGCAAAUCAGCAAGAUUGGGACAUCGGUUGGCUGCACGAGCUCGGAAAGCGGUUGGAGAGCCCAUAUGUGAACAGCACGUUUGGAGGUCCGACUGUCCGUAGUGCCUACAUCGCAUCGCUGUACUUCACCCUCAGCAGCCUCACCAGCGUCGGUUUCGGAAACGUGUGCGCUAACACAGACGCUGAGAAAAUCUUCUCCAUCUGCACCAUGCUGAUUGGAGCUCUCAUGCAUGCGGUGGUGUUCGGUAAUGUGACGGCUAUUAUCCAGCGCAUGUAUUCACGCCGCUCACUUUAUCACACACGUAUGAAGGAUCUGAAGGACUUUAUACGUGUCCAUCGACUGCCGCAGCAGCUGAAGCAGCGCAUGCUCGAGUAUUUCCAGACCACGUGGUCCGUUAACAAUGGCAUCGAUGCUAACGAGCUCCUGCACGACUUUCCGGAUGAGCUCCGGGCUGACAUCGCGAUGCACCUGAACAAGGAUAUCCUGCAGCUUCCUGUGUUUGAAGGCGCGAGUCGUGGAUGCCUUCGUUCGUUAUCCCUGCACAUUAAAACCACGUUCUGCGCACCGGGCGAGUAUCUAAUCCGCCAGGGAGACGCACUUCACGCUAACUACUUCGUCUGUUCAGGCUCCCUGGAGGUGCUCAAGGACAGCAUGGUGCUCGCUAUACUGGGGAAGGGCGACCUGAUCGGCUCGGACCUGCCGGGACAUGAUCACGUGAUUAAGACGAACGCGGAUGUGAAGGCGCUGACUUAUUGUGAUCUGCAGUACAUCAGCGUUAAAGGGUUGAGGGAGGUGCUGGAACUUUACCCUGAAUACGCCAGCGUGUUUACCGACGACAUCCACCACAACCUCACCUACAACCUGAGAGAGGGCAGUGAGGCUGAGGGGAUUGCGAGGUUCUCACGUUCUCCAAGGUUCCCACACCAUAAUCGAGUGGACUCGACAGACGGAAAGCAUUCCUGCAUGAUCGAAACAGACGGAGAUCUGGACGAACAAUGUCACCUCUCUCCAGCAUCCAGAUCCCGCCGGAACCUUCUCCUCCCAAACCUGGGGAACCUGCUGGGCGGCGAGCUGCGUCAGUUUAACGCUCUACGGCGCUGCCGUUCCCCGGUGAGAGGAACCUGUCAAAGCGUGUCUCCGAAACCGCACCCGAAGUCCGAGCAUCCUUCACACGAUGCGCCUCCUACAGCUCAGGAGGGAUUCGCCACACGGAAGCCCAACAAACUCCUCAUUCCUACACUCAGCUGCUUCGCACCGCCCGACCUCAGCCCGAGGGUAGUUGAUGGGAUCGAGGAUAAUGGACGCAUGUUUCACUUCAGCACCGAGCACAGCAGGACCAGCACUAGUACGGCAAAAGACUCUCAGGUGAACAGCACGCUGCUCCAUGAGACCGAGGAGGUGCGAGAGAGCAUCACUCAACUCAACAAAAAGAUGCUCAGCCUAAACCAAGAAGUGUCUCAGCUCACCAAGGACCUGCAUCACAUGAUGCACCUUUUACAAGCACAAGCAGCUGCUCACCACUACAGCACCCCAAUGUCCUCCUACCCCUACGGAGUCCACACGGCGCACACAAACACAUCGGCGUACACCACCGGUGUGCACGUUCAUCAGGAAGCCCAAAGCCUUUAUCAUCCACCUCAUCAUGCAGUGGAUCACAUUGUGUCUGAGAACGUCCUCCAUGUCGGGACAAGCACGUGGAGUCACGCAGCAGAAAUAAGUGGAGGUCAGACAGAAGCCCCUGCACAACCUGAAGUCUUCAGACACCUUCUUCAUUUUAAUCCUACCAGCACCUGCGAUCCUACGUCCUGUAAUUCGAGCUUGAUUAACAUUAACACCACGACCUCCUCCUUCUAUCCAGCAAAAGGAUACAAGAACCAGGAAGCAGCAGGUCAGGAUCAUGGCACCCUUGCCAGCAUCAGUCGGUCUCAGCCCGUUCUGUUUAACCGAGACAAACCAAAACAAGUCUCUUUAGAUCUUCAUUUACUUUCCAGCGCGCCGACGUCCACUCACUCCCUGUUAAUCGCUAAUCACACGAAUCCAAUCCACUACAAUCCCCCGAUCACUAGCGAACCAAAUCUGGAACUGGACAGUGAUGUUCCGGAUACAGUCCUAGACGAAGUCAGGGAGGAGCGUCAAGACGCUGCAUUGUUGUCAGAUUUGAGCCAAGGACACACAAGUCGCGAGUGCCUGCUCGCGGACGACGAAUCUGUGGAGAACCAAGACGUCGAGACUUCAGAAUCAGAAUCGACAAAGCCUGAAGUUGCAACUCAACACGAAAGCAGCGGCUCUGAAACUUCCUGGUGCCUCGACCUGAUAGACUGAUAGACUAUAGAGAAAUUAUAUCCAAAACUGUUUGCAGUGGUCAUUUUUUGUGUGAUGAGGGAUUGUCUUUUCUGUCUCACCCACGCAAAUAACUUAAUAACUAUGCAAGACGCAUGUUGAUUGUGCAUUACUCCUUAUUUACUCAAUCGAUACUCAGUAUACCACGCGAAUAGCUUGCCUUGAAAUUACGCACAGGAGGAUCUGAAAGUCUGAGUCUGCAAAUUCUUAUUUGAGAAGAAUUAUUAGUACUCUUGCUUCUAGUACUACACUUCUUUGUCUGGUGGCAUUCUGGGAAAACCAAUCAGAUUUUUUCUUUAAUUAUUAAGGGUCACAUGUUCUUGCAGGACUAUCCUAAAAGAUUAAUGAUCUGAGACAUAAAAAUGAUAACCAAAUAAUUUUUAAAAAGUUUAUUAAAAAUACUGCUUUUGUCCCGAUAACAAUACAGCAUCCAACACAGAGAAAUAUUAUGCAAAACAAACUUACGGCAAUUUAUUUCUUAAUCAUAAAUUGUUAAAAUCCGUAAUCAGUAGGAUAUAUUAUGUUAUUUACCAAUCUCUGUACAGUGUCUUAAC